UAUUUGCUAUAGUCUCGAAUGGUGGAUUUCUUCGGACACAUUGCGCGACGAGAUGGCCGGUCCAUAGAACGCCUAGUUGUACAGGGAAGGGUUGAUGGCACAAGACCACGCCGAAGUACACCAAUGUCGACCAAAUUAAAACUGCAGUGGGAGGUCCCCUAAAUGAGUGCAAUAGAAUGGCCUCAACCAGGGAGAUAUGGCGGGACAUCGUGAGAUGCAUCAAGUCUGCCCCUUCCAACACUAUAUGAUGAUCACGACCACUCUGUCAAGAGUGACACGAUUGAGAAAAAGAAAAUAGAUAAUAAGCUCCUAAACAAAGAGCAAACAAAUCUUUUCAUCACACAAUGUUUGCCCGAUGUGGGAAUCGAAGCCGCUAACUACAGCACCACCGAGUGAUUCAAAUUCAUUCUGUCAAGUUUAUUAUUAUUAUUCUGUAUUUUGGGAUGCUUUAGAAUCACUACCGCUAAAUACAAACUAAUGAAUUUAAAAGAAACAAUUGACAGAUAUGUACAUUGUAGCGUGCUGUGAAUGACUUAAUGGAUUAUAUACAUUGUGUAAUGUUUCACGUACGUGUUAGAAGGCUUAGUAUGUUCGCACUGUGGAACCCUAAUGCGAGCUCAAGUUAAUAUGUAUAAAAUGCGUGAGAUCAAACGCAGAAUGAGAAUUUCAGAGCAAAAUGUUCAAGAAAAUGUUUGUCUUCAAAAAUAAAAUUAAAUGGGAUUCAUUAUUAGUGAUUUCGUUCUUUCAUAUUUUUGGUUUUUAUUGGUGUAGCAAAUAUGCAUUUCCCCUAAAAUUAGGAACAUUUUUAUUUGCCUACGCUAUGCUUCUUAUCGGUGGAUUAGGUAUUACUUGCGGUGUGCAUAGGUUGUGGACGCAUCGAUCGUACAAAGUCAUAGUACCCGUAAAGUUUUUCUUGAUGGCUUGCUUCUGCAGCAGUGGCCAGAAUUCAAUAUACAACUGGGUGAGGGAUCACAGACUCCAUCACAAGUUCGCCGACACCGAUGCCGACCCUCACAACGUGAACCGAGGCUUCUUCUUCUCCCACAUAGGAUGGCUGAUGAUGAAGAAAAACGAAAGCGUCCUUACGAAAGGAAAGCUGAUUGACAUGAGUGACAUAGAGAGCGAUUCCCAUUUGAUGUUUCAACAUAAAUACCACAAUCAAUUAAAAAUCCUAUUCUGUUUUCUAAUACCAACAUUGGUGAACAUCUUCUUGAUCGGGGAAGAUUGGAAGUGCGCUGUUGCCUGGCAAUGCUUCAUACGGUUCCUUUGCGUGCUACACUCUGAACUGACUGUUAAUAGUUUGGCUCAUAUGUACGGCUAUAAACCUUACAACGUAAACAUUGAAGCAUCAGAGAAUAUUCUAGUUUCGAUCCUGACGUGCGGCGAGGGCUAUCAUAACUUUCAUCAUGUCUUCCCAUUCGACUUUCGUGCAGCAGAGACUAUGGAUUUCUUCAGUCUAUCCACAAAAAUAAUCAGAACAUUCGAGAAGAUUGGUUGGACGUAUGACCUCAAGCAAGCCAGUCCAGAAAUGAUCGAUGUGGCUCGUGACAAGCUAGGGGGUGAUGGGUCUAAAGCUCACAAUUAAACUUUGACCGAUUUUUGUGUGAUUUUCAAAAUUAUAUAUGGCAUUUUUAGAUAUUUCUAACUUGCGCAGAACAUCCUUCGUAGCAACUUGUGACUAGGCAAACAACAUAGCCUCUCAAGGCUAUUAGCUUAGGUAAGAAAAUAAAGCAGACAUAAUAAUAUUUAGUGGUCUAUAUCUAUUUAUUAUUUAAUUAAGCAUUGAGACACUUCAAGUUUUAAAA